AUGUUCGGCAGGUGGAAACUAGCGAAUAGCUUCGCUAGAACAACUGCGGAGACGGUCUCUCCAGGAGCAGCUUUCAGCUCCGAAGAAAGCCGCCAACAGCGUGGGACAACGCCCGCAUCGGAAAAGACAUUUUUGCGGAAAGCUCAUUAUUUUUGCUUGAUCCAGUCUAGCCCCUACCCCUCGACCUUUGUCUUCACAGAACCUGGAGACUAUAUUAUCGGCUGUAACUGCACAAACAACUUGUCAGGCACUUUGGUGCCAGUUCCUCUCGGCCCCUAUCCGGAGUACAGAGGCAACUGUGGCUAUUUGCGCAUCAAGGUCCGCGAUAGAAACAUUUCUGUGCGUCAAAACCCUCCUGUUACGGCGUCUCCGUUUCAAGGAAACGCCUGUGGGUCUUUCCACUUUUUCAAGGAGACGGGAAAGGGUUUCGAAGUGUUCACCCACUUGGACGCUGCCGAAAAUUGCAAGUUCCGCAUGAUCCCCAAAAGUGGCAUCAACGUGAACGGCAAACCGUUCGGCGCAGAUGGCAAUGCCGCUUGUUCUUUUUCUUUUCGUCGAAUCCUUCUUGGAGUCGACCGUCCUAAUCCAAUUCGCCGCUGUGUCCCACCAGAUACACCUGUGGAAACAGCUGGAAAUUCCGUUCCUGCGGAGAGCACUCUUUUUACAGAGUACCAGCUGUCUGUUUUUCGUCGUUUCGAAGUUUUCCUGGACACACGGCUUGGAAAGGGAGGCAAUGGAGAGGUCUUUCUUGCAAUUGACAGAAGGCACGGAGGCCCUGUCGCCAUUAAACGGGAACCCAAGGAAAUGCUACGACAUGAGUUUAGCCUCAUCUGUGAAAUCCGUCUGGAAGGGGCUCUGCUGACCUACAAGGCCCAAGAUCCUCAUCCUUCGAAGUUCCUUGGACUCAUGGCGCAUUCGGUUGCGCUGGAAGUGGGAAAUUCGGCAGUUGCUGCUGCUGUCGCUCAUCACAGUGCUGUCGGCGAUUCUCACGACCAUCUGGCACUUGAACUUGUCAACGGAGGAGAGUUAAGAAAGUUGCUCAAGGCAAAAUACACCACAGGGAUGCCGGUCAAGCCAGGACUCAUCUUGACAAAAAACUACACAACCUGCUUUGCCUGCGCGCCGGAGCAGUUUAUGCCCACCGGUAAAGGGUACAGUUACGGCGUGGAUAUCUGGGCUGUAGGGACAAUAUUCUUUGAGCUGCUCACUGGCGAGCGUCUAUUCGAGUGCCUGAACAUGAACGAAGCUUCUAGGCAAAUACCUGCAUUUAAAGAAAAAGAUGUGACUGACCGUCUGCCCUUUCUGCGGCAGGACGCUAUGAGCUUCCUGCUGAAGUGCUUGACCAAAGACCCGCAGAAAAGACCCACAGCUUUUCAACUACUUACAACCCCGUUCCUAUUUCCUCUUCAUAUCUACCAAAUCCGAAGGCGCGUCGAAACAACGGAUAUUUACAACGCGUAUAUGCAGGCCUUUGAGAAGGGAUGGGGGAAUCUAUUGCCUAUGGAAAGACUGUCCAUGGCGGAAAAGCUCUUGUAUGACAGCAAUUCAAAGUCAUUCUUUUCCGAGUACCCGGACUCGGAGGCCGUUAAUGUGGUCCUACCCGUCUUUGAGUGUGUGCCGGACUUCCAAUCGCAAGACCGCGCGAUAAGGAUCAACAAUUGGAUUCUUACCAGCGACGCAUCGUUCUACUUAGCCCCACGGAAAGUCCACGGAAAUUCAAAUGGAGGCCAACUUGAGACACCAAACCAACCGAUCCCUAGAAGCAGCUCAGUUACAAGCCUCACGUCAACUGGUAGUUCCCAAGACCUGGGAGAAAACUUCUCAAGCCCUGGCUUCAUCAAGCUACUUCCCGACAGCCAUUUCUAUCACCACAUUAAUGACAUCAUGACGUGUGGGAUGGGUGUCCCGCGGCGGGGUUCGACGUGUUCGACAUCGAUCGGAACUCCAAUGCAUGGGUCUCUAAUGUGUGGCGGUGAAAAUACCCAAACGGAAAGCGAUGAGGCAUAUGAAACACUGGUCAACAGAAUUGAUUCAUUGUAG